UGGCUUUGGCUUUAGCUCUCGCGGCUCACGUGCUUUGGCGCAAAGCAUGGGAACCGAUGGAAACCGUCGCAGUCAGUGUAGCGUUCUGCACAUUUGAACGUGAUUAGACGACUCCUUCAGCAGUAACCGAGUUAUGUCAACCUCUGCAGCGAAACCUGAGAACAGGUGCUUUGAUGUGUCCUCCGACCUAACACCCGUGGACAGCGAGUUUCUCACAACAGCUGAGGCCGCUGAAGGGAGGAAACGAGUGUGGCUCUUCCAAGUGCCGAAAGACGUCAACAUCCAGGAUCUAAAUGGUGUUAAAAUAUCUUGGAAGAAAAACAAGAAUGUUCGAGUUGGAGAAAAGCUCUACGAAGUCUCGAAAGAUGUAGCAGGUACAAACCAUUUAAGUGUUGUGGUCUCCAAACAGCACGAGGGACAUCUCUUAUUGUCGGGGCGGAUACGUGGUGUGGUGACCCUCAACCGUGUCAUUGACAUACCUGAAGUUGUGGUGCCUGAUGCAGGAGUGAGCAGCCCAACAGUAGACACAAACAGUGCACGGCAGAGGUUCCUGCCAUUUGGAUCAGAUGAUGUCAUAACCCUGAGUACAGCAAGGAAGAAAGGCAAAAAAAGAAAGAAAGAAAGACCUGAAGAUUACCCAUUAGAAGAGUGUGCAUUGCAUCUUGCAACAAAAAAGAAAAAGCAGAAAACAAAGAAGAGGAAUAUUGGAAGUAACUUGUUGACAGACUCUGCUGUACACAGUCGUACAAAAAAGAAAAAGCAGAUAACGGAGGAGAGGGAUAUUGGAAGUAAAUUGUUGAUAGACUCUGCUGUACAGAGUCACACAAAAAAGAAAAAGUUGAAAGCGGAAAAGUGGGAUGCUGAAGAGGACCUUUCUGUAGACAGAGCCCUUCGCAGCACCACAAAAAAGAAAAAGUUGAAAGCACGGAGAAGUGAUCUUGAAGAUAACUUGUUGACAGACUCUGCUGUACACAGUCACACAAAAAAGAAAAAAUUGAAAGCAGAGAAGUGGGGUGCUGAAGAGGACCCUUCUGUAGACACUGCCCUUCAGAGUCCCACAAAAAAGAAAAAGUUGAAAGCACGGAGAAGUGAUAUUGGAGAUAACUUGUUGAAUGACUCUGCUGUAAACAGUCACACAAAAAAGAAAAAGUUGAAAGCAAAGAAGUGGGAUGCUGAAGAGGACCCUUCUGUAGACACUGCCCUUCAGAGUCCCGUAAAGAAGAAGAAAGCAAAGAGAAAGGAAGAGAGCACUUUAUUAGAAACCAUCUUUCAAGGUCCAACAAAAAAGAAAAUAGUGUUUAAAACUCAGUAAAUAGUUUUAACUUGGUCAA